AUGACAGCCCCAGCCCCCAGCCCCCCGGCGUCCUCCGGCCUCACCUCCACCAUUUCCUCUGCCCGUUCGUUUGACCUUCAGGACAAAGAGUCGCGUGCUCUCAACCACCGCUAUAAUAACCGGAGUCAAACGGCCACGGUCCGCUCCAGCGGACGAAGGAGAGGGCGGGUUGGGCUGGGUUGGGUAAGCCCCGCGGAAACGGGUGAAGUGAGUAACGGGGGAAAGUACCGGGGACUGGGACUGGGACUGGGGCUGGGGCUUGGGGGCUUGGGGGCAGAGGGGCGGGGCGAGCGUGUAGGGCAGGGGCCUCGAAGAAAGCGGAGAGGAAAGGGGACGAUUUGCUCGUGUAAACUGGAUGGUGGUCCGAACAAGAGUAGGCGGAGAGGAUGGCGGGGGUAG